UCCGUGUGCCCUCGCUACACUUGCAGUUCUUUUUUGUUCCCUUCUAACCAAACGAGCGCCUUCAGAGCAUUCUCAUCGGUGUCCAGCAGACGAAGAACAUCUUCACCCUGAGAAGCACAAUCCCCUCCACAUUAAACAGGAGGAAGAGUCGGAGAUGCUGUACAUCAAACAGGAAGCGGAGCCAGACACUCUCUGCAUGAAAGAAGAAGAACAGGAAGAUGAAAUCUCCAAGUUUCCAGUGACCGUCAGUGUGAAGAGUGAAGAAAAUGAAGGUCCAAGCGAAGAGGGCGGAGCAGAGAAACCUUCGUGCGACAGCCACUUUCAGCACCCGACAACAACAGAAGAGGGACAAUCGCAACCGGACGGCCUCUUGCCUCCGCUUUCGGACAACGACGACUGUCCUGCAGACGUCACUAAAGAAGAUCUUCACCCAAAGAAACACGAUCCCCUCCACUUUAAACAGGAGUCGGAGAUGCUGAACAUCAAACAGGAAUCUGAGCCAGUCAUUCCCUACAUUAAAGAAGAAGAACAGGAAGAGAACAUCACCAAGUGUACAGUGACCGUCAGUGUGAAGAGUGAAGAAAAUGAAGGUCCAAGUGAAGAGGGCGAAGCAGCGAAACCUUCGAUCGACACCUCAAAUCUGCACCCUACAACAAAAGAAGAGGAACGAUCUCAACCGGACAGCCUCUUAGCUCCGCUCUCGGACAGCGACAACAUAACGUCACACUCCUCUGACUAUAACACUGAUGAGGAGGACCAAAACGCUUGGAAAUCCUUAAACAAGUCAUCAUUGAAAAGAAGUGCAAAACAAUGUGCGGGUGGGAAACUGUUUGCCUGCACUCUUUGCAACAAAGGAUUUUCUCGGAAGCCUGAUGUCGUAAAGCAUAUGCAUACACACACUGGAGAAAAGCCUUUUGUCUGCACAUCUUGUGGUAAAAGAUUCAACGACAAGGGAAGUUUAAACAGACAUGCAAAAAAACACUCUGGAGAGAAGCCUUUCGCCUGCACUGUUUGCAACAAAGGAUUUUCUCGGAAGAAUCUGUUAGACAAUCACUCGCGUACUCACACUGGAGAAAAGCCUUUUGACUGCACAUCUUGUGGUAAAAGAUUCAACGACAAGGGAAAUUUAAACAGACAUGAACAAAAACAUUCUGGAGAGAAGCCUUUCGCCUGCACUUUUUGCAACAAAGGAUUUUCUCGGAAGUCUCAUUUAGAAAUGCAUAAGCGUACACACACUGGUGAAAAGCCUUUUGUCUGCACAUCUUGUGGUAAAAGAUUCAACGACAAGGGAAAUUUAAACAGACAUGCUAAAAAACAUUCUGGAGAGAAGAAGCCUUUCGCCUGCACUUUUUGCAACAAAGGAUUUUCUUGGAAGACUCAUUUAGAAAUACACAAGCGUACACACACUGGUGAAAAGCCUUUUGUCUGCACAUGUUGUGAUAAAAGAUUCAGGGACAAGGGAAAUUUGAGCCAACACACAAGAACACACAGUGCAGAGAAGCCUUUCACCUGCUCAGUUUGUCGAAAAAGUUUCCGUCAUAAAGGAACUUUAAGCAGACAUGCAAGAACACACAUUGGAGGGAAAUCUUUUUAAUGCUCUCUUUUUGGUAAAAGAGUCACUCGGAAGGGGCAUUUAGUAAAGCACGCAAGAAGCCAAACUGUGGAAAAACCUUCGAAUUGCAAUGUUUAGCAAGAUAAGGUAUGCAAAUUCCUGCCACACAUUUACAGUGGAAAAAGCUUUUCAAUUUUCUUUGUCAGUUUCCCUUGAGUCUCUUUUUAAAAAAGUGGUGAAAUGAUUUUGCAGGUCCUGGUCUUUUUCACAGCUUUCCAAUCUUCUUGUUUUUUUUUUUUUCUUCAAUUAAAUUAAUUGGGUUUAGUUUUGGUUACUUUAUAUCAAACCAAAUAUCAGAAUAUUAUAUCUUCUGUUGUAUAUUAUGAGUUUUCUGCUACUUUGUUUUACUCAUAUUUGGCUUUUGUCUCCUCCAUUUGUUGCGUUUGUAAACUCUGUUGAAAAAUGACCUCGAGUGUCUUGAAAGGUGCUUUGAAAUAAAUUAUAUUACACUGGUCAACAGUCAAAUUUGCGCAUUAAAUAUUGGUAUAUUUGUAGCUCAAGUGAGUUUGUUGAAUGUAUUGCAAGUGUCAGAAUAUAGAAAUUGGCUGUAGUUUGCAAGUUAAUACAGUUUAAAUGUUUGCAAUGAGAAUGUUUUUAAAAAAAUAUAUCCGUAUGGAGUUUUUCUUUUAGAACACAAAAGGCUGAUAUAGCCAAGAACAAUUUAUUUCAAUCAUAGGUCUGUGUUAUUAUUUGAAAAACUCGUAUGCUGCGCUUCCCUCUGUUUAUUGUUUGUUCAGUUUCCAACUUUAUUUAAAUGGGUUCAAGCAAGAUG